CCAGUUGCCCACUCCACAUUUCCCUCCGUCAGUCUCUUUUGCUGCCGACCGUCUCGCCCUCCCAUUUCUGCCGCCACCCCCAAGAUGCAGUACGUGGGCAAAGUCGGGGACUAUGUGUACAACCAGUGGAACUCGCUCAACCCGGCCACGCUUUCUGGCGCCAUUGAUAUUCUAGUCAUCGAGCAUCUGGACGGCUCGCUCCACUGCUCCCCCUGGCAUGUGCGUUUCGGCAAGUUCCGCAUCAUCAAGCCGCUGCAAAAAAAAAUCGACUUGUUUGUGAACGGCGUCCAAACAGAUCUCCCGAUGAAACUAGGCGACGGCGGCGAGGCGUUUUUUGUGUUUGAGACCGACUCCACGGACUUGCUGCUGCUGCUCAUGACGUCACCGGUGGUCAGCGCCACCAGCUCGCCGGAGACCAGCCCGGCGGCCGCCGGGUCCGCGGCGGCGGGUGCCCGGGGCGAGCCGGAGGCCCUUGAUUUAAACCGCGGCCCCGACCGGGGGCCAGAAUCGCCGGAUCGGGGGCCAGAGUCGCCGGUUUCGGUGGCAGAGUCGCCGGUUUCGGAGGCAGAGCCGCCGGUUUCGGAGGCAAAGUCGCCGGAUCAAGGGUCCGAAUCGCCGGAUCAGGGGUCACAGUCGCUGGAUCAGAAACACGGCUCCGCUAUGCAAGGACGGCAGCUCGACGCCAGUGCAGACUGCCUGGAUACCAGCAAGCUGGCGUCGCUGGCGCUGCGCAUCACGUUCGAAAAGGUCAAGCGCAUCACGCAGGACCUCAACAUCCCGCUGAAAAUCGACGCCAACGGCGACGUGAUUCUCGACAUGGACGGGUACAAGCCCAACUCGCAGAAAAACAUCGACUCGUCCGUCCGGCUCGUGCACGACAUCUUCUUGCGCGAGAUUCAGGCUGCGUCGGGCGACACGGGGUCUUUGGCGCUGCAGGGUGCGGUUUCCGGCGGCCUGGAGGGGCCCAUGUCCGAGCUCCAUCUCUUGCAGAGCCUAAUUCGGAAGGACGCGGACGGCCAGAUCCGCCUUGUGUCCGAGGACGCCGGUUUUGGUGAUGCCGGUUUUGGUGAUGCCGGGUUUGAGGAUGCCGGUUUAGGGGAUGCCGGUUUAGGGGAUGCCGGUUUCGAGGACCCCGGUUUCGAGGACGCGGAUUUCAAGGACGCGGGCGCGGACCAUGCCCCGCCGCUUGACGCGGCGCCCGCUCCCGAAAAGACCGCCGGAACCGGCCCGCAGCCGGCCCCCGAAUCCGCAGACCCCAGCCCCGGCGCCGGCAAAACAUACAUCAAAACGUUGCGCCUCACCUCCGAACAGCUCCUGAACCUCGGGCUCCAGUACGGGCGCAACCGCGUGGAGUUCCGCCUGUCGCAGGGCGGCGCGCAGGUCGUGGCGGACCUCUACUUGUGGAAGUCCAACUGCCCCAUCGUCAUCUCGGACAUCGACGGCACCAUCACCAAGUCCGACGCGCUCGGCCACGUGUUGAACAUGUUUGGCCGCGACUGGACCCACCCCGGCGUGGCCAACUUGUUCCAGGACAUCACGCGCAACGGCUACAACAUCCUCUACUUGACCGCGCGCUCGGUGGGCCAGGCCGACACCACGCGGCAGUAUCUCGACAGCAUCAACCAGGACGGCAUGCGGCUCCCGAAGGGCCCCGUGAUCUUGAGCCCCGACAGGACCAUGGCCGCGUUGCACCGCGAAAUCAUCCUCAAGAAACCAGAGGUGUUCAAGAUGGCGUGUCUCCGCGACAUCAACAGUCUCUUCUUCGCCGCGCCGCCCGCGGGCCGGGAGCCCGACCUGGCGGCCAACGACCGCACGCCGUUCUACGCAGGCUUCGGCAACCGCAUCACCGACGCCAUCAGCUACCGCAGCGUGCAGAUCCCGUCGCACCGCAUCUUCACCAUCAACCCGAACGGCGAGGUGCACAUGGAGUUGCUCGAGUUGGCAGGCUACCGUCUGUCGUACUUGCACAUCGGCGAGUUGGUGGACCAGUUCUUCCCGCCGCUCAAGUACAUCAGCGACUUCAGCCACGGCUGGAACCAGCACCAGCUCGACCAGUACAUCCACAGCAAGGACACAGACCUGCAGACCGACAGCCUCCGCCCCGCCUCGCCCCGCCUGCCCUUGGCCCCGGGGUCCCCGCGCAGCGUGCUUUCGGAGGAGCGGAUUGUCCGGCCCGACGAGCGCUUCACGGACUUGAACUACUGGCGCGAGCCCAUGGCCAAUUUGAGCGAUCUCACCGACUCGGACGACGUGGACGACGAUGCCGCGCGCUCGGUCAAGUCCAGCCCCCCGUCGCCCCAGCCGCAGGCCUCCUCUCCCCCGGCCUCUCCCCGUUUAGCAUCCUCGUUGUUUGCAGAAGAUACCAGUCCGAAGCAGGAACGGCCCGUUUCUGCGUCGUUCACGUCGCCGUUGAAAAACUUCAUGAUCCGAGGCGGCAACUCAACCGCGGCUCCCAAGCCCAUGAAGUCCCCGUUGAGACUCGGGCCGGAGGCGCUCAGUGGCGCUGGCGAUCUGAAGACGCCUGGCCGUCUUAGCGACGAAGACGACGACUACACGGACGACGACUAUGAGGACGACGACUACGGAGAUGAGGAAGAUGAGUACGAAGACGACGAUGAAGACGACGACGAUUAUGACGAUGACGACGACGAAGAAGAUGAAGACGACGACGAAGAAGAUGAAGACGACGACGAAUAUGACGAUGAAGAUGAUCAAGACUUCGACGUCCAGGAUGACGAGCUCAAACCCAAGCAUGGCGAGGGCCGGGAAGACCACGCAAAAGAAGAGGGUGUCGAUUCUAAAGAGGAAGUUUGUUGCGCCGACCCAGACGUGGAUGAACACGCUAACCAGGAGGUUGACCACGAUGACUUGGACCUAGAUGCCAAUGGCCAAGAGGUUGAUGACGAGGACUUGGAUCUAGACGACGGGCUUCCUGAAAAGUGUCUAUCCUUCCACGCUUCCUCCGAGCCUCCAGUGAAGUGCGAUGGUGAAGACUACAGAAUCAUGACUGCAAGCGACAUGCUCAAAGGCUUAGACAUAUAGCAUUGAGGUGUCUAAGAGCGCUCGAGACAGACGUUUUUCUCUGGUGACGCUGAUAUGUGCUUUUCGUGAAUGUCACGCCGCAGAGUAUAAGCUUUCCAAUCGAAAGAGCGAGCCAUUGUUCAUUUUCUAUUCACAAGCAUCCGCCGCAUUUCAGCUUAAAUGAAGAAGGCUCGCUUCCGCCAAAGAAUGGCGUGUAUCUUACUGCAGCUGAUUCGGCUCGUUGACGAUUAACCCUCUUGACGGAAAUGCAGUGUGUGGAAGAAAGCACCCUGGCCCCAUGUUUAUAUUUGCAGACUUCCAUGCCAUUCGUUCUCAGUACAAUUUCUACUAAAAUAUCGAGACGGUUCCUCUGUCAGUGAUUUGGAAGACUUUGAUCUCGCAUGCAUUCAUUAUAUCCUGAAUAUGCCUUAUAGCCAAUCAAAUUACAAAAAUCUACGA